UUUCUCAGCUGCCACCAGGUACGCGCAAAUCAUUGCGUUGUUGGGGCAUUCGCCCAGUCCAGGGCCGGCUUCAUUCUUUGCCAUUAAUACUAUUUGCGUUGUUAGGCAUCAGUCAUUAGACUCAAUACUUAUGAGAGUCAGUUCCUAGAGUAUUUGCAAUGGCCAAAGCAAGGUUUACUGUUAUUCUACCUCCGUUGGACAAGCUUCUGGCAUUAAAGAUCGAGGACCGCCUACUCUAUCAGACCCAACCCUCGCAUAAAUCACAAUGAACUUCGCAAUUGAGAACCACCCUAAGAUCAAGCUGCGGGCCCAUAUCAUUAUCGGCGUUUUACUUUUCCUAAACUUCGUCCUGAUAAUUGCACGCAUAGCGGACAAGGGUACGCCCAAGGCCAGGUCAAACACCUGGGGUAUUGUCGUCUGUCUCAAGGCCGCCAUCUUCCUGGCUUAUCAAGUUGCCACGGCUCAUGUAGAGCGGUUCAAGCGCUGGGCAAGUGCGAAGGCGUACAUGAUCCUCAACGUUAUCGACACCAUUUUCUGGUUUGUUCUCUUCAUCAUCACCAUCCUAGGAACAACCGCCGCCCACAGUACGAGCAGCCGUGCGCUUGGUGGCAUUGUCGCUACGAUAAGUAUAAUUUUGUGUGGAACCGUUGGCUUUCUCACUUUCAUCUGUAUUCGCGGAUGGAGAUACUUCAAACAAUAUGGCGUCCUUCCAGGCACGUUCAAAGGGUCGAACUACGGAUCUAAUUGAUCCAUGAUGCUAACAACGGCUCCGCCUAUGAUGUCUAUCAAAUUGAGGGUGAUCUUGCAUGCUGCAACGAGAUAUGAGAAUGAUUGAUUUUGAAUAUGAAGGGUUCGAUGUAUUCAGGUGUUUUGAAUUCGGUAGAAGUCAGUGUUGGGUCUCGCUUAGAAGACACUUGUAUGUAAGUAUACAGGCGAGAUUUGCCAGCCGGGUGAAUUAG